AUGAAUUGGACAGCAGAACAUGUUUUGGCACUCAUAGAGGAAUAUCAAAAAUUUCCAUGUCUAUAUGCUGUGGAGAAUAUUUUAUACCAUAAUAGAGUAGCUAGAGCUGAGGCCCUAGAAUACAUUAAGAAUGCUCUUAUUGUAUUGCGACCAUGCUUGAAGACUGAAGAAAUAAAAUCUGAAUUUAAUAGCUUGAGAACCACAUAUUUGGCCGAAAAACGUAAAUAUGAUAAGGCCAAAAAAAGUGGUGCUGGUAGAGAUUUCGUGUACGAGCCAUCAUUAUGGUAUUAUCACCAUAUGGCCUUUUUGAAUGAACAUGUAGUGAUCAGACAAUCAGUAUCAAAUAUGGAAGCAGCUAAUUGCACAUCUGUAGUAGAAUCUGAAGAUAGAGGAAGUGUAUUAGAUGACGAUGAUGAAACACAGGAGUUUUUUCUAACAAAUCAGAAUAUUGAAAUUAUUGAAGAUGAAUCGGAAAAUAUGAGCACAGAAACUGAUGAAGUCUCCCAAAUAAUUGGGACACCAAAACAGCAUGUAAUUCCAAAAUCCUCAUUUAGAACUCCUGUAGUUAAAAGAAGAAGAAGGACCAAUACUUCAGCAAAUAAUGAUCGGGUCAUUCUGAGGGAAGCAGGUAAUGCCCUCAAAGAGAUUUCCAAUGUGUUGGUAAAUCCACCACCAUCCCCUGCAAUACAGAGUUCAUCUACACAAGAAGAUCUCUUUGAUGAGUUCAAUAAAUAUAUGAAGAAUUGUGUGAGAAUAAAUGAGACAUUCGCGCUAGUACAGAAGGCAAAGAGAGAAAAAGAACCACUCCAGCCUAUGCAUAACUGUAAAGAGAAAUAUAUUAUUCACCACCGAGCGCAGAAACAGACUUCACCACACGGUUUAGUAUUGAAGAAGAUACAUAAAGUGAUGAAAUUCAAACAAUCGGCGUGGUUGAAAGCACACAUAGAUCUUAACAGCGCUUUGAAUACUGAGCUAAGAACAAGAGAGACAAGCAUGCUGUAUUUUGAUCAAGAGGAUGUCGAUAAUGGCGAGUCGCGAAUAUGUGAGGAGGGUCGUUUGGCCCAACAUCGUGGUAAGCAUGAGCCUAGAAGGCUCAUUCUGCUACCCGAUGAGGCCGUCACCCCGGCUACGGUUAGGGUGACCAUUAACCGGCGGACAGGGGCUAGAUCUGUCUCGGUGUAG